AUGAAGGCUGCAAAGGAUGAGGAGGCUUCCAUGGGCAUGCUAGAGACAGACUUCACUACACCAGACUGCCUGCAAGAGGUAGAAAUAGGUAAAAAGCUCCAAGAAAUAUGUCUCAGGAUCAUCUCCCCUGAGUCUCCUGCUAAGCUUUACUGCAGCUAUGCAUUGAACAUCAUCCUCACUGCAGCUGUAAUUGCACUGUCUGUUGCUUUGUCAUCAGUGAGAACAGAAAAACCAGUCAUUUCAACUCCUGGACCUUGCUAUGCCACCUGUCCAAAUGACUGGAUUGGAUUUGGAAGCAAAUGUUUUUAUUUUUCUGAAGACAUGGGAAACUGGACAUUUAGCCAGACAUCUUGCAUGGCACAAGGGGCCCAACUAGCUCAAUUUGACAGCCUGGAAGAGCUGAAUUUCCUGAAGAGAUGUGCGAGUGUUUCUGACUGCUGGAUUGGCCUAUGGAGAGAGUCAAAACAACACCCUUGGAAGUGGACAGACAACACUGAAUAUAAUAACUUGGUUCCUGUCGAAGGAGAAGAAAAACAUGCCUACCUGAUUGGUAGUAGGAUCAUCAGUAGCAAGGACUCCCUAAAGAGACGUUGGGUUUGUAGCAAGUCCAACAGCUAUACUUCACAGUAUUCAGUGCCCGGUAGUUUUUAA